AUGUCGGCUCCCGAUGCGAAGAAUGGAGGCAGGCCGGAAGACGAGGAAUCCGAACAUGCGGGGAAGUUCCCAGCCCGUGAUUACCAGAUCGAACUUCUCCUCAAAGCGGUGGAAAGGAAUAUCAUCAUCUGUCUCGGGACUGGUACGGGGAAGACUUUCGUCUCAGUACUUCUCAUUAAAGAACUAUUGUAUGAGACCCGGCCUGACGGGGGGAAUAGGAGAUCAGUGUUCUUAGCUCCGACUGUACCGUUGGUCAAGCAGCAAGCCGCUGUCAUCAAGAUACACGUGGACGCUGAAGUCGGCUGUUAUUUCGGUGGGGACACCGUGGAUAAUUGGCAGGAGUCUGAAUGGCGCAGGGAGAUCGAGAAAAACAACGUCCUGGUGAUGGUUCCGCAGGUCUUCUCGAAUAUUUUGAAUCAAAACUUCAUCAAUCUAGACCAAAUCAAUCUGAUGGUCUUCGACGAAUGCCAUGCGGCAACUGGGCAGUCCUGUUACGUUCAAAUCAUGCAGAAUCACUACGUCAAGAUGGGCCCCGAGAAGCGUCCUCGAAUUCUGGGCUUGACAGCGUCCGUCCUGAACAAGAAAGUCAAGACGACCCAGGUCAGGUCCGAGAUUCGCGGUCUGUGUUCUCGUCUGGAUUCGACAUUGGCCACGUCAAUGAGUGCGAUGAACUUUGGGACAAAGCCCAGAGAGAUGAUCGUCGAAUACCAAGAAAGUGAUGCUGUCGUCGCAUUCGCUGCUGCCGCGUCUCCCGAAGUUGGAAACUUUAGCGCUAAAAUGAAAACGAUGCUCAUCGAAGUGGGUCCCCACGGAGCAAUGAAAUCACUGGAGCAUAGGCUGAAAGCCGUUCAACAUCUCCUGAACGUGAGUCUUGCUGACAAAUCACGUCUGGACGGACUGCGUGCGUUACUUCUGGAGAUCGAAACUGCUCGCGAACGGUCCACAGCGUGCUUGCAGCGUAUCCGCGAGGGGGAGAUGCGAAAUCCGUAUUAUGUCCUCUGCCCGGAUCCUGGAGCCGCCGAUACGAUCCCGGCCGACGAUCUCGAAUUCUCGGUACCACCCAAGCUCCGGAGAUUGCUCAACAUCUUCGAGACGUUUCGGGACUGCGGAAGGGAGCUGUGCUGCGUGGUUUUCGCCCGGGAGAGGUACACCGUCUUCGCCCUCUGGUGCGUAUUGACCACGUUAUCCCGGAAACAUCCUCAGCGCUUCGGCUUCAUCAGGCCGGGCUUCGUCAUGGGAGCGGGGAAUUCGUCUCUCAAAUGCGAAGAGACGAAGAUAGUCGAUUUCGCCGACGAAGGCUUCGUGGAAAACGAAGGCUCCACGUUGGAAAAUUUCAGAACUGGAGUUCACAAUGUGUUGGUCGCUACCUCCGUGAUCGAAGAGGGAGUGGAUGUACCUCAAUGCAACCUAAUUGUGCGCAUGAAUGGAGACAUGAAUUUUAGGAGCUACGUUCAGGGUCGCGGGCGAGCUCGAGCGAAGCCGUCGAUAUAUGCAAUACUCGUAGCGGCGACGAGCGCAGCAAAGGUGAAUUCCGAUAUCGGAGACUUUAAAGUGACCGAACAGAUCAUCACGCGGUACUGUCAGGAGCACGAUAUGGACGUGAUGUGUGAAAGCGAUGUAGAGCUCGCUCUGGAGGGUGACCCAGAUCUUCCGACAAUAUACGCGAAUCCAGAAGAUCCUUUGAACUCGGCCAUCAUCACCGCCCAGUCAGCCCGCAGUGUGCUCCAAUGGUACUGCGACACGCUCGGAAACGACAGAUUUCAAGUUAUGCGACCGCUGAUUUCUUAUCAUAGUCGGCCGUCUAAAAAUCAGAAUGAAGUGGAGUCGCGGUGCAGCAUUCUGCUGCCGAAGGCGUCAAAGCUGUACCCGGAAGAAGUUUAUGGGAAGUGGUUGCCGAGCAAACCAAAGUCUCGGGUGUCGGCCGCUCUCGCAACUUGCAAGCGCCUAUACGAACUGGACGAGUUGACCGAGAAUCUAGUCCCGCGCAAACGCCCCAAACCAGGCGUCUACACAUGGACAGAUGAUCAAGUAUCGGACGAAGUGAAAAGCUUAUUUGGAGGUCACACAAUCCAGCAGAAAUCAAGCAUCAAAUGCGAACGAGCCAUGUCCCGGGAGUUGGAUUCCGGUAAGCUUCCGCCGCUGCCCGCGGGAGCAUCGAUCUACGUUUUCCGGAAUCGCUUGGAGAUCCCGUUGAACGACGACCAUUCGCACAUGCGGACCUUUCGCCCGGAAGAGGAAGCUCUUUGCUUCGGUCUGCUCACAUUCGCCUCUGGUUGUGCAUUUUCUUUACCUGAUUUCCCGAUUUUCACCCGCAACGGUCGCGAAAUCGUUCGCAUCGACACAAUAGUUGACGUCACGGUGACGCGAGAGCUAUGGGAAUUGUGCACCAAGUUCCACGCGUACCUCCUUAAGAGAGUGUGUCGGCUAUCGAAUUUCGAAUGCGACUCCGAUUCCGCCCCCGCCUUCGUUCCUGUGAAACACGAAACCAUCGACAUCGACUUGCUCAGAAGCAUAGCUUUCGAAGAAAAACAGAUGUUCAGCAUCAACGCCGUAGUUUCUCGGAAGAGAACGGAGGAGAGCGAAGUAUGCAGCUAUUUCGUAAGGGAGAUAUUGAACACCGAGGAGGGGCGUAAGCUCACUUUGGAGGGCAUCCCGAAGAAUCUCGAUUUCUGUCGGGAUGUCUACAAGGUUAAAACCAAAUUCAAAGAACAAACAAGUGACGAGGAGAGGGCGCUCUGGGCUGUGCCUCUGGAGUUCUUCGAAGUGGAAUUCCUCAGCGCCCCGCAAUGGAGUAAAGCACGGACGAUUCUUACCUGUACCCAUCGUUUGAACCGGUUGCUGAUCGCUGAGCACUACAGGCAAAAAAUAGUCGAGACGGGUAUCGGCUACAAUCCAUCGCAGAGAUGGCCGCCCAUGCUCGAGGACGCUUCUCGCGGAGCAGAACUCGUAAGCCCGAAAUUUUCGUCGUCAGAGCUCAAGUUCAUCAAAGAAGUCGAGAAUUCGCCGGGACCUUCCCCGGCGGAUAUCCUGACCGCUCUGACGCCCUCAUCAGCUCAAGACGUCGUGAACUCUGAGCGUUUCGAAGUUCUGGGUGAUUCGUUCCUGAAAAUCGCGGUCACACUCCAUCUUUUCCCGCGAGAGGAUCUUCCGGACGAGGGCACGCUGACCGCAGAGAGAUGCCGACUGAUCUCCAACAUGAAUCUACUGAAGCUCGCCGUUCCCAAAAAAAUCCACGAAGCUGUUGAGAGUCGAAUAUUCUCCGCCCGGGAAUCGUUCCGUGUACCGGGAAUGAUUUCAAGAGAGGGGAACAAAUUGCAGCUGCAGGUAUAUAAGAGCAAAAUUUGCGCGGACUCCGUUGAAGCGAUGAUCGGCGUGUACCUCGAGAGAUCAGGACCGAUCGGGGCACUCGAAUUCCUCCGGUAUUUGGGUCUCUCUCUAAGCGAUUCGGAUUCGGGAUCCUUCCUCUCCAGGUUCGAUCUCUCUUACGACCCCGUUGUUGGGGGGAAUCAUGAUUAUAUUUCGAUCAGGCGACACAAUGAUGUGAUGAGCAGGGUGGAGAGUAUUUUAGGGUACCGGUUCAAAAAUCGUUUAUACCUCCUUGAGGCCAUAACUCAUCAAUCCUAUAACAACAGAGUCACGCAUUCAUAUGAGAGGCUAGAAUUCCUUGGCGAUGCCGUAAUCGACUACCUAGUGUCAUGCUUCAUCUUCACUAACGAUCCUCACCUCGGACCCGGUCAAUUGACUUCUGUUCGCUCGGCUCUUGUAUGCAACAAUCAAUUCGCACAAAUCGUGACCAAAGCCGGGCUUUCCCGAUGCUUGCUGCAUCGUUCUCCGCUGCUGUUUCGAAUGAUGACGAGUUACACCGAGGCAGUCGAAAUAGGUCGGCCCUGUGAUUCGUUCAUAGGGGACGACGAGACCGAAGAUGCUGAUCUGGUCGAUGCUCCGAAACCUUUCGGUGAUCUCAUGGAAAGCCUCAUCGGUGCCGUUUUCAUCGAUUCUAAUCAAGACUUCUCGAGGACGUGGGAUGUGUUCAGGGGACUGAUGGGCGAUCGAGUCCUCCUUGAGACCCUCAAGGACAAUCCUCGGAAUCCCAUCGCCGUGCUAGAAGAGAUGUUUCCGUCGGGGUGCGAAUACAGUAAAGCGAUCAUACGCGAGGACAAACGAAUCGAGAUGACGCUCACCGUUGCAGGACGGAAUUUCAGCGCGGUCUCCAGAAAAAAGAAAAUCGCGAAGUUGCUCUUGGCGAAAAUCGCUCUCCGAGCGUUUUCGACGGAAGCUAAGGAAGUCGGCGACAAGAUGAAUUUGGCCGAUCGGGUCGCGAAAGAGCUGAAUCUCGGAUGACAUCCGCCCUUGGACAGGCGCCUCGGCAGGCUCUCCGCAGCCAUCCUUCCGGAGCCUGGUUGUCACAUGGUGUUUUAUUCUCAUCAUCUCGAUCUUCCUAGUCUCCUACGGAUGCUACCGGAAUGCUGGGGAUCAUUUCUCGUCUUCCAUGAGAGACACUUCCGAUCGGAGGUUCUCGUCACGGGAGCCCAAUCCUCUCGAGUAUCCCUUCAUGAAGAGGAAAUUCGUAAUA